AUGGAGCCUCACGGGCAGGUUGGGGGGGAAUCCCAUCGGCCCGACCACGGCGGCCCAGGCCAGACUUCAGUAAAUAUGAAUUACGUACCAACGGAAGAAGAAAGGAGAGUCUUCAGAGAAUGCAACGAGGAGAGCUUCUGGUAUAGAUCUGUGCCAUUGUCUGCUAUCAGCAUGCUGGUCACUCAGAUGUUAAUUAAGAGAGGCACUCUUUCUGCACAGUCAAGAUUUGGCUCUCUUCUGAAAAUUGCAUUCGCUGGAGCAUGUGGCUACAUUGGUGGAAAGCUUUCCUAUAUGAAGACAUGCCAAGAGAAGUUUAAGAAAUUAGAGAAUUCACCGCUGGGAGAAGCUCUGAGGCAACGUAAACCCAUUUCACCUGAAUAUUAUUCUCAAAAACAAGAAUUCUCAAAUGUGCCUUCCUCGACACCUUAUGAAACUUUUCCAGCAGCAGAAGCACCACCUUCUUCCAUGUACUCUGGGGAUAGUCGUGGAAUGGAAUAUUCUCGCUCCAAAUAUGAACCAGUCCCCUUUAGUUCUUCCAUGAAUGAAUCUACCCCUACUGGAAUCACAGACGGUGCCCCCCAAGAACCUGGUCCAUCACUCCAAGCCAGUCCAAAGAGGAAAGGAAUCACAUAUGAUGAACUGAGGAACAGAAACAGAGAGAUAUAUGAAGCAGGAGUAACACAGAAGUCAGAACUCCCAUUAAAGUCUCCACAGGAAAGACUUCCAAAGAAAGAAGUUCAAGUUAAUAAGUAUGGAGAUGCUUGGGAAGAGUGAAGAACCUUUCUACCUCCAGAAGACAUCUCUUCAGUCAAUAUGUC